CCCCGGGGCGGCGCCGGCCCUGCCCGGCCGCGCAGCCCACCCCGGCCCAGCAGCCCGGAGCCGCGGCCGCCGUCGCCAUGUCUUCCGGGGCCAGCGUGAGCGCCCUGCAGCGCCUGGUGGAGCAGCUCAAGCUCGAGGCCAGCGUGGAGAGGAUCAAGGUUUCCCAGGCGGCCGCGGAGCUGCAGCAGUACUGCAUCCAGAACGCCUGCAAGGACGCCCUGCUGGUUGGUGUUCCGGCUGGCAGCAACCCCUUCCGGGAGCCCAGGUCCUGUGCUUUACUCUGAAGACGUAAGGAAGAAGUUCGUUGUGGAAUCCCUUCAAGCACAGAGUGAUGAAUGAGUCCCUCCAAGCCUCAAGAGAACGCUUUUCUUUCGCCAAAAGACUUUUAAACAUUUCACACCUCUCCCGUGGCCAGGUCCUAUAGCCAAAUGUCUGCAAAAAUUAGUGGUUUUCUACUCAAAUAAGGAAAACGAGUGAGGAAUCGAGUUUUAAGUACUAGUGGCCUGGUUCUUCUACCGAAGUGCUUUAUUUUAGGAUAAACAAAAACCUUAGCAGUAACACAGCUCUUUCAUAAGUGAACUAUUGAUGUUGUUAUUUCUGGAACACCAUGCAUGUUUUAUUUACUGAAUGUUUACAUUUUAGGAAGCAAAGUAUUUUUGUCUAUUAAAAAACUGUAAUUUGUUGUUCCUAAGGUUUUUAUACUGUAAUAAAAUUUGUUCUUUUCUCAUGAAUUUACUAUUACCAAAUAAAUGAAGAUUAAAAAUGCUAACUGGGAGAAAAAUAGACCUUUACUCGUCAAAUGGUGUCUUGAUUUUUUGAGAUUGGAAGAUUUAUAUUUAACACUAACCUAGGAGAUGUUCAUUCCUUAGCCAACUUGUUUGGAAAGAUUAAUGUUAAUGUUGUGUAUUAAGUUGCCCCCUCUUGUGUAUUAAGCACAUUUGAUCCUUUCUUCUUAAAUUUUUCUACUUUAUAGUUGUAGUUGCACUUUUAAAGAAUAUAUCAUUUCAUGUCUUUAAACAUCGUUUAAAAUGCAGAUGACAUAUAGAAGAGUACAAAUAGUUCAAACUAAUAUGAAAAUAUUAUAACCUAAAGAAUCGAUGUCACAAGUGUUUUAUUUGGAUGGUGUGCCUUUGGUUUUAUUUGAGACACUUUUAGAGAGACAUUUUAUUUGUCUUUGUAAUAAUCUUUGAGGAGCUUGGGAAUAAAGUCUCUGCUUAAUUCAUCAUUUUCUAUGACAGUAA